AUGUCUCAAGAAACAGGAGAACAUAACCCUGGUAACCCUGCCUUCAAUCUCAGCAGUCUGAGUCACGAUCUACCAGCCGCACCUUUUAAUUACGAAAUGAAAACAUUGUUUAAAGACAAUUUUAAAACAUUGUAUGAUUUUUACGAAUCGGGUGAUCUAUGCGAUGUAGAAAUCAAUGUUAAUAAGCGUUCGUUUAAAUGUCAUAAAAUGGUACUGGCAUGUUCUAGUCUAUAUUUCCGUGCAAUGUUUACAUCUGAAAUGGCGGAGAGUAAACAAGAUACAGUGACAAUUCACGACAUUGACGAAAGUGCGAUGGAAAAAUUGAUCAAGUUUGCGUACACCUCAAAAAUAGUUCUUACUGUGGAAAAUGUUCAACCUAUUUUGUUUGCGGCAUCGAUUUUACAAAUUGAAACAGUGGCAGGAGCGUGCUGUGAUUUUAUGAAAACUCAUUUACAUUCGUCAAAUUGUAUUGAUGUGAGGAAUUUCGCGGAGCAACAUAAUCGCGUUGAACUGAUGAGAAUGGCUGACGAUUACAUCCUCGAUCAUUUUAUCGAGAUCACAGAUACGGAGGAAUUUAAAAAUAUGAGUUUUAAACUCUUAUUGCAUGCUGUGAGUUCACAAGAUUUACACGUGGACAACGAAUCACAAGUGUACGAAUCCGUUGUGAAAUGGAUUAACGUGGAUUUGAAGACACGCAAGGACCAUUUAGCCGCGCUACUCACCGCUAUCAAGUUUCCGUUGAUGUCUCCGACCUAUUUAUUAGAUAGCGUUGAAAGUAAUCCCAUGGUGAAAAGUAAUUUGGAGUGUCGAGAUCUUCUCGAUGAAGCUAAAUACUACCAGAUGUCACUGGCUAAUCUAGUUCCCGACUUUAAAGUCAAUCAACGAACGAGGCCACGGAAAAGUUACGCAGGUGUUUUAUUUUGUGUGGGAGGUCGUGGGUCGUCUGGUGACCCGUUUAAAUCUAUCGAAUGUUACGAUCCUAGAAAGAACCGCUGGUUUCCAGUGGCCGAGAUGAAUACCAGACGACGCCAUGUUGGAGUUUGUUCUGCUAAUGGAUUACUGUAUGCUGUAGGAGGCCAUGACGGUAACGAACAUUUAAACAGCGGAGAAGUUUUCGAUCCUAAAACUAACCAAUGGAAACAAAUCGCUCCCAUGGGAACUCUCAGACGAGGUAUUGCUCUGGCUGGUCUAGGUGGACCAAUUUAUGCAGUAGGAGGGCUGGAUGAUACGGCAUGUUUUAACUCCGUAGAGAGAUAUGACCCAGCCUCAGAUGUCUGGACGUUCGUAGCUUCAAUGAACACGAGGAGAGGGGGCGUUGGUGUUGCUGCUUUAAAGGGUCAGAUUUAUGCUCUGGGUGGUAACGAUGGAAACAGCUCGUUAGAUAAAUGUGAACGAUAUGACCCGUUUGUUAAUAAAUGGACAUCACUGGCUAAUAUGAAGGAACGUAGAGCUGGGGCUGGCGUUGCUGUUUUAGACGGGAAUAUUUUUGUCGUGGGUGGUUUUGAUGAUAAUUCUCCGCUGUCAUCGAUGGAAAAAUAUGACUACAGUACUGACACCUGGACCCUGGUGGCUCCCAUGUCUACCUGUCGGGGUGGGGUCGGAGUAGGUACCCUUGGUGGAUAUCUCUAUGCUGUGGGGGGUCAUGAUGGUUCUAAUUACUUAAAUUCUGUGGAAGCUUACGAUCCUAUCAACAACAGCUGGGAGAUUGUGAAGAGUAUCCAGCAGUUCCGAGCCGGAGCAGGAGUGGCAUUCUGCGAAUGUUCUGCGAAACAUUUACGUCAUAUUGUCCGAGGACAUGUAGAGCAGUUACAAUGUGUUUGA